CCACACUAUAUAUGCAUGGUGCAAUAAUGAUUUUUGAUUAGCUGGAAUUCGGGAAAAUCAGUGACGUCUUGUAUAUUUGACCCAUCAUGUCACGAUCAGGAGGCUCAGCAGUUGACUUCAACAAGACGGGAGAUGGAGUGCUGCAUUAUGACAAUGUAGAGGGACCGACACCUACUGCAGAGAACCCAGCUGGAGUCUUCCCUCAAGUCUCGAAUGAGCCUGCUGCUCCUGGGUCCAUGCCUGGAUCAGGUACACCAGACCACGGUGGAGAUGUCAGAGGAGUCUUUGGCAACCCUCAGGUGUUCAACGACACGUUUUCAAACCUUUCCUCCGCAUUCUCCUCGGCGAUCAACACAAUCCGUGAUGAGUCGCCAAGUGGCAUUGGCCACGUGGGGAAAGCGCUCAUCGACCGACUCGAAAGUAUGCGAGACGAGAUUGACGGAUGGCGAUCGGGCAAAGGCUUGCCCGUGGAGGAAAAAGGCGCCGAUGUUGAGAGGAGCGAUGGAGGCGGUCUGUAUAAAGACUGAAGCACUUGAACAGUAUCCAGGCAUGCAAUUGAUAAGACAUGUUGGGGCUCGUCGCAGGGGCUCUCGCGCGCCUUCAUCACCUGACAUUUUACGACUGUCUCAGAGGUUUGAAAAAUGUUGGCUGGCAAGCAUUGUUGACAACAACAUGCAACUACAGUACUUGUGUUCACAGGUCUCUUCUUCCCACAAUGAUCUCAACACUGUACUGACCAUGCUGUGGUUACUCGCAGGGCUAUUCCUGCGAGACGUUGGCGCACAAACGUUUGUGCCUACUGCCAGAGUAGAUCAAGACUUUACCUGGAUUACUGAUGUUCAAUCCGCGUCAAAUCUCCCUUCGUGGCUCCAUUUCAACAAUGGGACACUUAUGGGGCGACCGACCAUGGCCGAUGUGGGCUCAUUUGUGGUGAACUUGGGGACUCCCGUGACGAUUCAAGUGACGCCACGACCUGGCCCGGUGAUUGUCAGUGAUCCAAUCGUAAAUCAGCUACAUAGCCCCACAAUCACCUCGUGCUUCCCGUACAGCGCCAAUUCAAGUCAUUAUCCCGGCGCCCGAGUCCCUCCUGGAUGGUCAUUUUCGAUGGGCUUCGAGCCAAAUACAUUCACAGCCCCGACGAGGGUGUUUUAUCAGGCUGCCCUAUCCGAUGGCUCACCACUGCCUGCUUGGUUGUCCUUCAAUAAUCAGACGGUGACCUUUGAUGGUGUCGCGCCCAUUGCUAGUCAGUCGUACAAUAUUACUGUCGCUGGUUCCGACACCUUUGGCUGUGCAGAUAUCUUCCAAUCGUUCAAUCUGGUCGUCGCUUCCCAUGAUCUCGAAGUCUCACCAGUAUCGCUGAAUCUAACGAGCGGAGUCUGGUCCUCGACCAGCGUGCCAAUCGAUGCCACGCUGGAUGGAGAGCCUAUCGAUGUCGACCUCACUAUUGGCUCGAUUCCAGGUUUGACGUAUGUGCCUACCAACAAGAGUUUUGUCGGUGUUCCCCAAGGCGAUUCGAUCGCCGUGCCCAUCAGCAUCGAAGAUAAAUAUGGUGAUAUCGCCAAUACCACCCUCUUCAUGGACUUUUCACCCUACGCCUUUACUUCGCCGACUCUCGGACCGUUCCUCGUCAACGAGACGUUCUCGAUCGACUUGGGACCAUACCUUAAAUCCCAAGCUGAUCUCAAUGCCACAUUUAAGCCUGCCUCCCCCUGGGUGUCCCUCAAGGGACUGUCUCUGCAAGGGACCGUACCGUCCAACGUGACGCACAGUGUCGAAGUGGACCUCCAAGCGACUGAUCCCAACACUCACGCCAUCUCCACCGCUGUGGUGACUCUGUGGCCACCCCCAGAGGCAAUCAAAGCGAGGCGACCUGGUCUCUCGAAAGCCGUCCGCAUCGUCCUUGGGGUCAUUGGAGCCAGCAUUGGCGUUCUGAUCAUCCUUAUGCUAGCGCUGAUCCUGCACCGACGAAAGAAGGAAAAGGAGCUGGAAUCCCAGCUCACCACUCCCAGCAUGGAAUACGACGAGAAGAUGCCACCUUCGGCCCAGGUGCUCAUCAAACACGAUACAUGGAAGCGCUUUGUCAAUCCUUUCCAAACCACACCUCGAAGUAUGCCGGCCAUAUCUCCACCUGUCAUCAUGCCAUCCUUUGCAAACGCAGCAUACCAAGCUCAGCUCGCUGCAGCCAUCGACCAAGCCGGCAUUGUUAAACGUGGAGGAGCGUACGAAUACCCAGAUACCCCGAAUCCCGAUGCAAGAUCCAGCGAGCAUGAAACGACCGAUAGUCACUUUCAUGGACACAGCUCAAGAGCCAGUUGGGAAUCCGAAGCGCCAUUCGUAUGGGCAGCGGCGGAUCGAUCGAGCCCAGUAAGCCCGCCCAGAGCGCAAAGCGAAAUGGCUAGGAGCUCGACACCAAGCAGUCCUCGAAGUGUUCGCACAUCUGAUCCCCCAAUCACCAGCCCUAGUGCUAUCGCCUUGGCUGUUUCAACCUCAAAGGAUGAUGAGCUGUCCUCCUCAGCUCUGGGUUCGACCUAUCUGGCCAACGUCAUUGAUACGAUCCACUUUCCAACCGAAUCCGAAUUAUCUGCGUCGUCUGAAGAUGCCAUCAUCAGUACCGCUUCCCGGAUCGACACCCGACGCUCGCCAGACAGUUUCCAUAGUCGUAUCCCAGUGCGCCGUGUCAGUCCGACCAUAGUCAAUACCCAGUCCCGCCUCGUUAACCUAGAGAAUGAGAAGUCGGUGUCCACCCGAGACGCAUCUCAAACCGCAGUAAGCGACUUUGCCAGUCUACACGCAUUUCCAAGUCUACCAUCCUUACCUAUGCCUGUCCAUCGGAUACUCCUCGGCGUGGCGGAACCAUUCCACUUUUACCCACCACUGCGAACUUCCAACACGAGUUCGACGACUUCUAGCGAUUCCAAGCCCCAAGGACUACCUGGAGCAACGUAUGAGGCAGUCUCUGACGACAUGCCUGAAUGGAUCCACUUUGAUGAUUUGGAGUUGUGGGGCGUCCCGGAAGCAGCAGGCGUCUGGAAUAUCAAAGUCCUGGAAAAAACAGAAACGGGUCAACGCAUAGUUGGCAGAUUUGAGAUUGAGGUCGUUGGAAGGUGAUGUGACGCUACCCUUUUGUUCGAUUUCGUAUCCUUUAUUGGCCACUUGUGCUGGCCCCGCUACCCUACCUCGAGUUUGUAUAUACGA